GAAUUCUUGAAUCUUUCAUAAACACACAUAUAAAAUAAAUCAAGAAAAGCAUUCCCACCAUCAAAAGAAAAACAAAAAAGCCAAACAAAAAACACUCACAACAAGAUCAUAAAAACCAAAAAAAAAAAUCAAGAAAAUCCAAACCAAGAAUUAGAAGAGAGAAAACUUUCUUGAAUAAAAAAAAAUGUAUAGGUUUAGCAACACAGUAAUAGGUUUCUUGAAUCUUUUUACACUCUUAGCCUCAAUACCAAUAAUUGGAGGUGGAUUAUGGAUGGCAAAAAGCACAACAACUUGUGAAAAUUUUCUCCAAACUCCACUCCUAGUCAUAGGUUUUGUUGUUCUUAUAAUUUCUUUAGCUGGUUUUAUUGGAGCCUGUUUUCAUGUAGCAUGGGCACUUUGGGUAUACUUAGUGGUUAUGUUAUUUCUAAUUGCAACCCUAAUGGGGUUAACUAUUUUUGGGUUCAUAGUGACUGGCCAAGGUGGUGUGGUUGAUGUUCCUGGUAGGGCUUAUAAAGAGUAUAAACUUGAGAAUUAUUCACCUUGGUUGAGAGAUAGGGUUAAAGAUGUUGAGUAUUGGAGAACUAUUAGGAGUUGUAUUAUGGGUUCUAAGACUUGUGAUAAACUUGGUUCUUGGACUCCUCUUGAUUACAUGGAGAAAGAUAUGUCUCCCAUUCAGUUGAAUCCGAGCUGUUACAUAUGCGUUUCUCCGAUGCAGUCAGGAUGCUGCAAGCCACCAACAACAUGUAACUAUAACAUGGCAACAUUAGUACCUCAAGAUCCAGAUUGCUAUAGAUGGAACAAUUCACCAACUUUGCUAUGUUAUGAGUGUGAUUCUUGCAAGGCUGGUGUGCUUGAAGAUGUGCGAAGGGAUUGGCACAAACUUUCUGUUCUCAACAUAGUCAUGCUUGUGCUUCUCAUUGGGAUCUAUUCAAUAGGAUGCUGUGCUUUCAGAAAUACUAGAAGGGCUCAAACUGAUUAUCCUUAUGGUGAAAAUAGGAUGACCAAAGUUAGACCUAGAUGGGAUUAUUAUUGGUGGAGAUGGAUACAUGACAUGAAAGAACGGCUUUACUAGAGCAUAUUUAAUAAUGGCAGCCUUAUCUCCAAAAUUUACAUGCUUAUGUUUGUUGCUGCUUUAAAGAAGGGACAAAAUGCUGUCGUUUUACAGUGUUUUUUUGCAUGGGAAGUUUCAAUUUCACCUACUUGUUCUUGCUUUUUUUUCCUUUUGUACAAAGAUGAAUUCCACUUUUAAUUUCAGAAUUUCAUAUUUGUAUUAUAUUUUUCAACUUUAUUUUACUUUGCUUUUUUGACAA